AUAAUUGAGCAACGGUAUAAAAGGACCUGUCAUAUGCAUCCGAAAGCAUCCAUUAUCCUUAUUGUGGUCAUAAAACAACAAGGAAAAUGUCCUACCUAACACUACUUGUGUUUGCCGCAGCGCUUGCUUCUUCUGUGUACUCUCAACGUAUGGGCCAACCAAAGGACCAAUGUGAAGUCAUCCGUGUCGACAAAGGAGAUCGAUUCGGGACACUUGGGACCUGUUGUGUAACAUGGGAUGACCAACUUCCCGGGUCAAGAAGAUUAUUGGGUGGAAUAGGAUUUGGUGCUGGAGUUAAGGGAUAUUUAAACGACAGCAGAGGUCGCAAUAUUAAGGGCGGACUUGGAGGGACAAUUGGCUUUGGACUGGGUGGUGGUGGAGAUGAUGACUCUUCACCACAAGUACAGCCACAAAUGGCAGCGGCAUUUUCAGGUUACCCACACGGCGGAUUUGGUGGUUAUGGCGGAUUCGGCGGAUAUGGCGGAUAUGGUGGAUUUGGUGGUGGAUUUGGUGGAUAUCCCCCAUAUGGUGGAUAUGGCGAACUAAGAUAUAGUGAAUACGGAAAAUAAAGUGUUUUAACAAAAAUAAAAUUAACUAAAACAUAAAA